ACUAACAAAGAGAAAGAAAGGAUGAAGGAGAAAGAAAAAGACGCCCGCUACACCAAUGGGCACCUCUUCACUUCCAUCACUGUUUCCGGCAUGACCAUGUGUUUUGCCUGUAACAAGAGCAUCACAGCCAAAGAGGCGCUGAGUUGUCCCAACUGCAAUGUCACCAUCCGCAACCGCUGCAAGGAUACUUUACCAAAUUGUACCAAAGUCAAGCAGAAGCAUCAAAAGGCAGCCUUGCUCAAGAACAAUUCAGCAUUGCAGUCGGUGUCCCUGAGGAACAAAACAACCAUUAGGGAACGCCCCAGUUCUGCCAUCUACCCCUCAGAGAGCUUCCGCCAGACCCUGCUGGGAUCCCGCCAGGGCCGCCCCACUUUGUCCCUUUCCAAAAGUGUCUCUACCACCAACAUUGCAGGGACUUUCAAUGAUGAAUCUCCCUUGGGCAUCAGAAGAAUCCUGUCCCAGUCCACCGAUUCCCUUAACAUGUGCAACCGAACACUGUCAGUAGAAUCACUCAUUGAUGAAGGAGCUGAAGUCAUCUACAGUCAGCUGAUGAGUGAUUUUGAGAUGGGGGAGAAGGACUUUGAGGCCGAUUCUUGGAGCCUGGCAGUGGACAAUAAUUUUUUGCAGCAGCACAAGAAGGAGGUCAUGAAACGACAAGAUGUCAUUUAUGAGUUGAUUCAGACAGAGCUCCACCAUGUACAGACGCUGAAGAUCAUGACCAACCUCUUCCGGAAGGGAAUGUUGGAAGACCUCCAGAUGGACCCAGCUGUAGUGCAGAGCAUGUUCCCCUGCGUGGACGAGCUCAUUGAAAUCCACGACCGCUUCCUCGUGCAACUCCUUGAGCGCCGCAAGGAGUCGCUAGCCACCGACAGCAACAAGAAUUUUGUCAUCAACCGGCUGGGAGACAUCCUUGUGCAGCAGUUUUCAGGCACCAGUGCCGAGCAAAUGAAAAAGGCCUACUCAGAGUUCUGCAGCCGCCACAGCAAGGCAGUGAAGCUUUACAAAGAACUCUUCACCCGGGACAAGAGAUUCCAGCAGUUCAUCCGAAGGCUGACACGGUCAUCGGCAUUACGCCGUCAUGGUGUGCAGGAGUGCAUCCUUCUGGUCACCCAGCGCAUCACUAAAUACCCUGGGCUAAUUGACAGAAUGCUGCAGAACUCCAAAGGUAAUGAAAUGGGUCAGAGGAACCAUUGCCGCGCCCCCUUGUUACAUACAGGAAACUGCCAGAUCCAAAUUGGCACGGCCCUGUGCCUUUAA